CAGCGGACCGCGAGUGCUGGAGUGGGUGGGGACAGCGGACAGCGGACCAGGGCGCACACAGCACGCCGCCGCGUCGCCAGGGCAGCGGCAGCAACAGAGUCGCGGCGCGGCGCCCCAUGCCGCAGCAGCAGCAGCCGCAGCCGCCAUGAAUUCGAACGCGAUCCGCGGCAUCCGUCGCAAGAAGUCGUCGCUGUGCGAGGUUAAGAUCGCCGUGCUGGGGGCGGCCGCCGUCGGCAAGAGCGCACUGUCUGUACGCUUCAUCACCAGACGUUACAUAGGAGAAUAUGAUCACCAAACAGAAAAUAGAUACAAACAUGAGGCAAUGGUUGAUGGAGAACCAGUGCUGUUUGAAAUCCUAGACAUGUGUUCAAAGAAUGAAGAUGACCUUCCCAGCAGUGAAUCGUUACAGUGGGCAGAUGGGUACCUAUUGGUUUACUCUAUCACUGACAGACAUUCAUUCAACUUUGUGCGGAAGGUUAGACAGCAACUGCCUGGUGAUGCACCUAUGGCUCUUGUUGGAAACAAAGCAGACAUGGUACAUCUGCGCCAAGUUAGCACAGAUGAAGGUGAAAUCCUGGCAAAGGACUUUGAAUGCUGGUUUGGUGAAGUGACAGCAGCAGAGCAAGUAACCCAAGUAGCAGAUGCAUUCCAUGAGGUGUGUCGUGAAGUCCUUGGUCUGCGACGGCGCAGUAAGCAGUCACUACUGGACAGAGUCCUUGGUGGAAAAAGUACAGGUCUUGGACUACGUGCUUAUUCUCGGGGAAAAAGUGACAGUGCUCUUCCCAAGGACUGAACUGUCGUGUUGUUUCCAUGAGAAGUACUGUACCAACUGCACUUCUUAACCUAAAAAUGGAAAGUACAAUAUACUGCUGAGUGGUAGGCAGAAACUUCAGCAAAGUUUCUGAUAUGAUGAGUCACAGUAGGUUCUGUCGCGAGCUGUACUGUGGAACCUUUUAAAAUACUCCUGUUGUUACUGAACAGAAAUAAAGACAUUAAGUACAUUAAAAUCACAACAAUGCCUAGGUGAUACAGUUAUGUACGAGAAAUAAUUAUUCUUGAGUAAUAAAUGUACAAACCAGCAAUAAAAGUGAACUUUUUUCUUCCAGCCUGGUGUACAGCAACAUUAAAUGCACAAAAGAAGCUUGUAAUUUGCAUAUAAAUAUUUUGUGGGAUCACCCUGAAAUCACUACUAUUAACAAUCUGGUAACAGUUGCACAAACUUAAAAUAUUUAAUGUCUUAAACCCAUUUUUUUCUUUUAGAAAAACCUACUUUUUCUUUUAGAAACCUCUAAACAGUGAAAUGUUUACUAUUAUGCAUGUCAUCUAAGUUAAGGCAGAAAAGUCUAUAGUAGCUGACAAUGGGUGGGUGUGCCUUAUUUUUAUGUUGGUGCAAAUCUGUGGAUACAAAUAUCAGCUACUUUGAGAAAUUUGUGUGUACUACAAUAAACAACUAAAACAAUUUGCAACAGGCUUCAGCAUUUGGGCUGUGAUCAAUCACUAUUUAAUGAAUGUAACAGAAGACAUGUUAGCCUACAUAUUGAACUGAAUUACAAGUGCCUAUUCAGUCACAGAAUGAAAACAAGAUACACUACUGAGAUAAGGAUUGCAAAAUUUGGUGAUGUGCCACUGAUGCCUUACAAUAGAAAGAUUCACAACAAUACAAAUGAAAUGGUAUAAUUAACAUGUCUUCAGAGUAGUCUUUUAAGUAGUACAUUUACAUGUGAAACCAAACAUACGACAUGCAUUCAACAAAGACUGAGACAGAUUCUGAAAAGAACUUUAUUACCAAAUACUCACUCAAACUCAAUAUUUUCCCCUUCAAUAUAGCCACCAUUAAGAGUGUUGCACUUGUCCCAUCGUCUCAUUCACUUUUGGAAAACAUCCUCCAAUCCAUUUCUUGAUGACCACUUCAAAAUCGCCUCUAAAGCCUUCAAUACAUGAUUUUCAGAUCUAAAUCAACAUCCUUUGAGAUCCUUUUUCACAACAAGAUACAACAAAAUGUCACUUGCGACAACCUCAGGGCUACACAGGGGUGUGGGACUGCACAAAUGCCCAUUCUGGCUAAAAACAUCAUAACAGCUGCUGCAACAUGAAGCCACUCAUUGUAAUGGUGCAGUUUUCACUUCCCAUGAAGUUCCCUCCAUUUCUUUGGGAUAUGGUCUUCCAACAAUUACUGGCACAUUCUUGCAGAAUUCUGCAUUUACUGUCCAAGCUCUGAGAACUUGAAGUGUGUAUACCAUGCUGUGAUGAUUUAAAAAAUGCAAUCAAUAAAGCCUUAUUUGCUGAUUUCUCCAUGUACACUUUUUCUUGGGAAAGGCUGUCCCUUUUGAACAGACUCUGCAUUCUGUCUUUUCUUUUCAGGGUCUUAAAAAUUGACACAAGAGUCAUCAGCAGUGAUGAUGGUUUUCCACUAAUUGUCCCCUUCAUCUUGGGCACAUUGUUUCCACAGAUGUGAUUGUCAACUGUGUUCUGUUUCUGAGCAGGAGUCAGAAGUCUGUCAAUCCAGUGAGCACACAAUAGUGACAUGUUUAAAGAAUCCUUCAAAAUGGUGUUAGCACUUCCCGCUGAAAUUGCCAGCAUAUUUGUUAGUUGUCUACCAGUCACAAGAGAUUCCUCAUGCACAACUGCUGCUGAACUGUAGAUUGCAAUGUCAGUAAGGACAGUGCUGGAGGGCCCUCCUCCCUUUCAGCUUAAAACUCCCUCUCCCAUCUUUGAAAACUUUAUGCCAUUGGAAACAUGCAGCAUGAGACUCUAGAUUCACCAGGAGCUCUAUAAGGAUCUUGAAGUGUUUCCGAAGCAGUUUCUUCUGAAGAAUACAAAUCUUUGAUUGCAUAACAUUCCUAUUAACUUUCUGCCAUUUAAACUUUAGAUGCAGCUCUUGCUACAACCACAUUCAAUAUUCUAUUGCUGCAGAAUGAAUGAGAUCAGACAGGGUUGGUGCCUGGUGGCAGUUAAGGAUAUUAGUAGACAUGAAGCAGCCACUAAAUGCCAAUGCAAUGGCCUUUUCAAUACAUUUGAAAACUGCUUUCUAUCUUUGUUGGACAAACCCUCAAACAAAAGGACCAAGCAGAAAUAGGCAAGUCAUUUCCACAACGACACUGACAAGACUGCAAUGCACAUUUUCUGAAUUCCUAAAUUUUUUAUGGUGGGGCAUUGAAGCCACUCAAUCUGACAUGCUGACAAUAAAGGUAUUGUUUACUCAUCCUGAUUAAAAAAUGCCUUCCUUCUCAGCCAUGUGUGACAUUCAAUGCUCAAUUUAAUUUAAAAAUACAGGAAUUAUUCCCAUUACUGAAUCUUUCUGAUUAAUGUAACCAUGUGUUUAGUUUGAGUGGAAGUUGUUUUUAUUGCAGGGCUACAUAACAUGAGUGUCGCCUGUCAUAAAGACUGCAUUUACUUCUCUUCGCAGUUGAAUUCCUUUCCAAAACCACAAAUUUGUUAUCUGCACCUCCAUCUACAAUCCACUUAACAUCUACUGUUAUCAGACAACAUUUGGAAUCAUUUAUCACAAUAAAUAGAGCUGAAUUUUACAGAGCAAUGUCUCAUUAAAAGUUGUCAAUAACAACUAUAAAUGAUAAUAAAUCUCCUCCACAUAUGAAGUAUUUAUAUUAUCAAAUAAUUAUGUUAGUAGGCCAAGAAAGUGAAUAUUGAAAUUUUCUGGUUCAAUCUCAAUAUCAAAAGACAUGAAAUCACCAUCAGAAAAAGUGACAUGCGAUGAACCAGAGUACUGACUCUCGACAUCAAAUGACUAGUAUUCUCCUUUGUUACAAACUGAUCUGCACUGGAAGACUGUAAUUUCAGAAGCUAUGUUUCAGUGAACAUUAACAUGUGAUUUUCAAUGAUUAAGCAACUUCUUGUGUAUCAACCUCCAACUGAAAUAAAAGAAAGAAAAAGCACUACAUGUAACCAGUUGUGAUGUUUUGUCAAAACAUGAAUGUGUGUAUGAAUCGAAAUAAUUCAGUGUACUACUUUUUUGUGAAUAAAUGAAUAUGUAUUUUAUUUGAAA